GACGGCUGGUACUCUGCAGUACACAUGACUUGAGCCGAUGCUCUACGCGUGUGCAUCGGCCACGCUUCAACAAUCAGACUUGUUCGGUUCGUAACAUGGCCGCCGUCGAGUCUGCGGUCCGGCUACCGACGCCGCAACCUGGUGAGGCCAGCGCGGCGGCAGAAGGCAGCUCGCGAAAACGCAGCUCCAUAUCACGAUCGCCUUCACCGCAACGAGACGCGCCAGCACUACGACGCCGCUCGAACUCGAGAUCCCCGCCUUCACGAAACCAUGGUCCGCUGCCCCGCGAUGUCGACCGCGCGCGAGCGAAGGAGAGAGCACGACAACUCGAAAUGCGACAAAAAGAAGAUGAAGCUCCGGCAAAACCACUUACGGACGAGGAGAAGCAGGCGGCAGCGAAGGCAGAAUAUGAGAAACUGCUGAACAUGCGAUCUGGCGGCACAUACAUACCUCCCGCUCGGCUGAAGGCAUUGCAGGCCCAGAUCACCGACAAGACUUCGAAAGAGUAUCAGCGUAUGGCAUGGGAGGCGCUGAAGAAAUCGAUCAACGGCCUGAUCAACAAGGUCAACGUCUCGAACAUCAAACACAUUGUGCCGGAGCUCUUCAAUGAGAAUCUGGUCCGAGGGCGUGGUCUGUUCUGCCGAAGUAUCAUGAAGGCGCAAGCAGCCAGUCUGCCUUUCACUCCGAUCUACGCGGCGAUGGUCGCCAUUGUGAACACCAAGCUGCCACAAGUUGGCGAGCUGUUGAUCAACAGACUGAUCAUCCAGUUCCGCAAAGCGUACAAGAGGAACGACAAGAGUGUAUGCCACAGCAGCACCACAUUCAUUGCACACUUGAUCAAUCAGCAGGCCGCGCAUGAGAUGCUUGCAGCCCAAAUGCUGUUGCUCCUUCUCCACAAGCCGACGGAUGAUAGUGUUGAGAUUGCUGUUGGCUUGAUGAAAGAAGUGGGUCAGCACAUCGAGGAGAUGAACUCCUCUAUAGCACUGGCAGUUUACGAUCAGUUCCGAGGCAUCCUGCAUGAAGCGGACAUCGAUAAGCGAGUACAGUACAUGAUCGAGGUCCUGUUCCAGAUCCGGAAGGACAAGUACAAGGACCAUCAAGCGGUGAGGGAAGAGUUAGAUCUGGUAGAAGAGGAAGACCAAAUUACGCAUCGACCAUCGUUGGAUGAUGAGAAGUUGAAAACAGAAGACGGAUUGAACAUAUUCAAAUUUGACGCCGAGUACGAAGCGAAUGAAGAGGCAUACAAGAAGCUGAAGGCCGAAAUUCUUGGCGAGGCUGAGGACAGCGACGAGGACGAGGCGGAGGACAGCGAUGAAGAAUCCAGUGAUGAGGACGAGAACGAUGCGGAGGAGAGGGCGAUGGAAAUCAAGGAUCAGUCCAAUACCGAUCUGGUCAAUCUCCGUCGUUCCAUCUACCUGACGAUUAUGUCGUCUGGUACCUUUGAAGAAGCUUGCCACAAGCUCAUGAGGAUCAACUUGCCGGCCGGCCGAGAAGACGAACUGCCCUCCAUGAUCAUCGAAUGUUGCAGUCAGGAGCGCACUUUCAACAAGUUCUUCGGUCUCAUUGGUGAGCGUUUCUGCAAGCUGAACCGGCUCUGGAAGGACCUGUUCCAAGAUCAGUUCAUGAAGUACUACGAGACGAUCCACCGAUUUGAGACCAAUCGACUACGCAUCAUCGCGCAAUUCUUUGGCUAUCUGUUGUCUUCCGAUGCGAUCGAUUGGACCGUAUUCCACGUUGUGAAGCUGAAUGAAGAAGACACCACAAGUUCGAGUCGCAUCUUUGUCAAGAUUCUCAUCGAGGAGCUCGAGGCGGGCAUGGGCAUGAAGAAGUUGGUGGAACGCUUCAAGGGCGACGAUUUGCAGACAGCCUUGACUGGCAUGUUCCCAACGGACGAUCCGAAGAACACUCGAUUCAGCAUCAAUUUCUUCACUGCGAUUGGCAAGGGACCGCUCACAGAGGGCAUGCGAGAAUGGCUGAAGAAUAUGCCAAAGCCUGCGCCAGCGCCGCUGCCAGCAAAGAGUCCAACCCCAAGCAGAGGACGGAGCGAGAGUGUCAGCAGCUAUUCCAGCUAUUCCAGCUACUCUUCACGAUCAGAUUCGCGGUCACGUUCGAGAUCGCGUACGCCGCCGAGGCGUGGGCGGGACCGAAGCUACUCCCGCUCCCCAACGCCAAAGAAGAAUGGCAGAAAGACGUCUCGUUCGCCUUCUCCCAGGAGAAGAAGAUCUCCUCGCGGACGCAGAGACAGCUACAGUGAUCGUUCAGUCUCGCGUUCGCGCACACCACCACGGGCCAGACGAGACUCGGUCUCACGUUCCCGUUCUCCUCCACGCAAAGCCAACGGCAAAGGCCGUGCACGCUCCAGAUCACGCUCUCUUUCACGUCGCAGAGACCGCACAGCAAGCCGUUCCCCAAGUCCGCCACCACGACGAAAGGCAGGCCGCGCAGAUUCGAGAUCCCGCUCUCCUCGACCAAAGCGGGGCAGGAGCGCAAGCUACGAAUCUAGGUCUCCACCAUCGCGAAGACGCAGCCCGCCUGCGAAGCGAAGGAGGAACACGAGCAGCCCAGAGUCUUCUCGAUCGCCUCCUCCUCGCAAAGCCCCUCCGCCGAGAAAGCCAGAAGCCAAUGUCGAAGAGGAUCAGUCUCAUAUCCAUCCUAGUCGAAGGAAUCUUGUUGCUGGCAGUGGGCCUGGACAAAGAAGGAAGGGAGCUAGUGACUUUAUGUAGUGUGGCCUUCCAAAGUCAUUACCCGAAGCUGUAUAAAACGAGAAAUUGAAUCACAAUGUACCUUU